AUGGCUGGCAAGGCACUGCCUUUCUCCUCAUUCUUGCCUUGCUUGCUGGUUGGUGCAUGCGGUGUAGAGCUGGUGGAGCGGCGAACACGCAGCACGCGGAGUGACAAGGUGGCCGCUGAGCUUGAAGAAACGAGGCGAGCCAUGUACUACGAGUCCUAUGAUUAUAUUCCCAUGCGACUAAAUGACCAAGAGCGUGAGAUGCUGCGUGUUGUCGAGGGGGCUCUCAAGACCAGCGAAUACACUGACGAGGUCGACGUUCGGCGGUACAAUCGUGAGGAAAUCAUCCUGGAGCAGCUGGAGAAUGUCUGCGAGAUCCUGUUGGGACUGAAUGCCGUGGUCAACUACAAGACCACCGUCAAGCUAGUUCGGCGCAGUCUGCAGGAAAACGAACGACUUUUUCAGGAUUUGUUCGAGGUGGCACGGCGCUUCAAAAUUAUGAACCCGGAUCUGAUGCGCUCGACCUAUGGCAAGCUCAUGUAUCUGCUCAUGGAUGCUGCCAGCAGUCGCGUUGCGAGUCGCCUGGGUAUGCAGCUCACUAAAGAGAUUCUCACCGUGACAAACUUUGCACGAGCACGCGGUGGUGAAGCCUUGCUGCUGGACGAGCAGCUGCUGGUAGCUGCCUCGGACACAACCCUGAUUCUCGACGCUGAGGCAGCUGCCACUAUGGUGGCCCGAAAGCACGCGGCCCUGCAACAUCUCAAGGACUCGUAUAGUACCGAGCAGUUGACUGCAGACGACAUUGAACGCAUCGUCUUCUCGAUCAGUGAUAGUAACAACUACCAAGCGAGCGCGAGUGGACCAGUCUUACGCAUGCUGCAGCACUUGGACAAGUACUUUGAUCCCUCGGCAUCAUCCCAGGACGAUUUUGCCGACCUCUCCAUUCGGUUCGGCUUGGCCAUGGGGGGCCGCACACCGCACACCCUCAUGCUUUUUUGGACUACGACUUGCUUUUCUAUUCCUUUUCCAUUUUUUGCCUUUUUUUCAUUUGUUUUUUUUCUGUGUGUGUGUGUGUGUGUGUGUGUGUGUGUGUGUGUGUGUGUGUGUGUGUGUGUGUGUGUGUGUGUGUGUGUGUGUGUGUGUGUGUGUGUGUGUGCGUACAGCAUGCAGAAUAGCAAGCUCUCACACAGUCACAGUCAGCAAUACACCUACGUCAAGCAGACUCUGACCCUGUGGAAGGAGAUCACGCAGAAAAUGUUCCACCUGUGGUGGGCCGCCGAUCAAGAUCUGCUGCGCCCCGGGGCCUAUUACUCUCUGUCCAAUACGGGACAAGGGUUGAAUCGCGUGCAGAGCUGUCCCACCGUCGGCAAUGCCAUGCAAAAGAUCUUGCGGUCCGUGCAGAGCAAAUGCGGUCAGUGGGUGGGCUUGAGUGUGGUCCACCUGGGCGAUCGUGACGUGCCCAAUGCCCUCAUUUUCAUCGACAAGUACACCCAGGUGCCGCGCAUCUUGGGUCCAAUUGUGCAUGCGUUGGAUCGGAUUGAGGAGCUUGAGAAGGAUGCCAACACGGCGGCUUACAUUGGUGUGUUCAAGACGACGGAGCACCUGCGUCAGCGCAUCCUGCAGGACUUUUUCCGUUUCGCCUUUAACGGGGACGGCGAUGACGGAGGCUCUUGCAUUGACGGACGGCUCACGAGUGCCUGGAACUGGUGUGGCAAGCUGGAGAAGAAGCCAUUUCGUAACUUGUUCAUGCUUGCCGGCUUUCAGGGCUUUGAUGGUAGUUUUGCUGCUUAA